GCGACGUAAGGUCACCCGGCAAUCGCAUACGCUGCUGCAACAGCCACGCGUGUUGCAACCACCGCCACAGCAACAGCCACAGCAUCAUCAUCAGCAGCAGCAACAGAUUCCUCAACAAUUGCCCCACAAGCCCCAGGGCAUGGUCUUCUCCCGCAGCUUUGAGUACGACACGCGACGUCCGGCGGCCAGCAACAGCUAUGUGGAGACUUUUUCGAGGAGCUUCGAUGGCAAUCUCUCAGAGCGUCCGUCGGUGAUGCCUUCGCUCGCUGUGCAACGCGAACGUUCGCUCAACUUUAGCACGCUGACCGGCAACUCACCGAACUACUUGACCAAACGCGAGGGCAGCGGCACAGCACCUCCAGCAGGUGGCGGGGGAAUAGGAGGCGGAUCAAUUGCUGCUCCAGCUGGCAGCAAUCGUUCGUUGCGCAGUCGCGACAAUUCACCAAAGUAUCUGCAGCCACAGACCACAGCCUAUCUGAAUGCAUCGGUGAAGGAGGCGCCGCCCGCCUACAGCGUCGCAAGUGUCGCCAAUUUGGCCAAGUAUUCGCCACGGUCGCGACACGAUCGCACCUUUGAGCGUUCCAAGAGUCACAACGUAAUUGGACGUUCGCGGAAAUCGCAAUUCAGUCGUCUGGGCAACAACGGUGGCACAGCUGCUGCCGCGCCCCUGCCCGUUGCCCUCGGCAUGUCGCGCUUCCGCAGCCUUGAUACUACCAUCAACAACCGGCUCAACUCGUGCGACAGCGGUGCGCGUUCAGAUCUCUCCAACGACGAACUGGACAACGAGGACGGCAGCUCCACGGAGUUCCUCUCAGCGACCAACUAUCAAUUCCCAAAUGUGUCCGCAGGUAGCGUGAGCAUCUCACCGUUUAAAACCCAACGUCAACGUUCCCUCACACCCGACCGCAACGAUUCGCACAGUUCGUCGAGUAGUUUGCGCAAACAACGUUCGCUGACUCCCGAAUCGCGUUCUCUGACGCCGGAGGAGCGACGCAAGAAGGGUUCGCAGGUGUCGCUAAUGAGUUCACGACAGAAUUCGAGUUCGCGGAGCAAUACACUGGAACGGAGACAGCGACACGAGGACAAAACACCGCCAACCAUAUCGAGGAGUUCGUCCAGUUCCAGUUACAGUGGCGGCGAAUCCCAUGAACCAUUGAACGGAAGUCCCAGCACAGCGGUGGUCACAGCUUCCGUUCCAACUGGAGGAAAUAGUUAUCGUCGAGCCGUGGGACGCAGUGCAUCCAAGCAGCAACAGCAGCAACAACAACAGCAGGCGGAGCAGGAGCAUUUGAUACGAAGGUCCAGCAGAUCCCUUCAACUGAGCGAACGUUCGCCGAAUCGCGGCCACAAAUCGGUGGUAUGCGUGGGAGGUGCCUCCCCGCAGCAGCAGCAGCAACAACAACAGUCUGGCGUGCACUAUCAACAGUCGAAUGCUGGCCACUUCAGCAGCUCCAUACGCGGCAGCAAAAUGCUGCCCAGCUCCAAUGGGCAAUCGACACGCUUGCGGCAAAGCGAUGUGGACAAAGCGUGCUCCUUUGACUUUGACUACAACAACUACAAUCGAGGAGGCGGCGGUGGAAGCAAUGCAGUUGGUGGAGGCAGUGCAGCAACAGCUCGAGGGGCACACACGAGCGGUAGCGGGGGCGACAGCGGCAGCAAUCAAAAUCUGCGUCUAGACUUUGAUAAGAGUCGCUCCUUUGACGAGGAUUAUCGCGAGGCUCUGCUCAACAAUAAUGGUGGAGGUGGAGGACGCUUCUUGCAGCCUGGCAACGAGGCAAGCACUUCUUCGGGUCGUUUGAGGCAAUCGAAUUCCCCGGUUGGUGGCCAUGAGCGGAACACAACACGUUCGCCGCAAUCCUCGGGCUCCUCUUCGAACAAUCUGCAUUUGCCGUCGCGUCGCACGAGCAGCCCCCAAAGUUAUGGCACCCGAUUGUGUGAUCACGAAUUGACUUACGACAUGUUGCGCAAGUCUCCGAUCAUGAAUUUCCGCCGUGGGGACAGUGAUUACGAAUUGCCAGUGCAACUGCGCAAUCGUGAGACGAUCAACUCGGGCGGCAACAGCGAACUGAACUUUAUGAGCAACGAGACGCGGAUCUAUGAGCAUCCCACGACGGUGCUGAAGCCGCAGCGUUCGAGUUCGCGUGAGGAGCACAUGUACAGGCAAACAGCGCCAUCUCGCGGCAGCAGUCCAAAGAAAUGCCGGGAGAGUCUGAACUCCUGCGACUAUUGGCCACGCUGCGCCUCUUGCAGCAACAACUUGCAACAUUCCGCAUCCUCACCGGCCGUGCAACAAAGUUUGCAGGCGCAGCAACAGCAGCACGUCUCUACAGUGGCCGUAAAUGUGAAUGUCAUUAAAUUGGACAUGUGUGAGGCAGCAGCCACGACACCAACAACAACAACAACUACAGCCAGCAAAUGCUCGACUCCGCAAUGGACUUUAUUAUGUGAUAGCGUGCCCCCAAUGGCAGCAGCUGGCAAGGAUCGUCGUCAGCCAACGGCCGUCAUCAGGCCACGUGUCAUUCCUUUGGCAGCCAGUUCGCUGGUGCUCUUAGGAGAUUGCGAUCUGGCGGAAAUUUCCAACAGCGGGGAAAACAAGACGACAAGCGAGCCAACAAAUCAACAGUGCCAACAGCCGGCGGCAAGUGGCAAUAAACGGGACCUCGCCGCCAUAUUGACAGAGGCAAACAGCAAUGGCGACAACCGGAAGCGGCAACAGCAACGACAACAGCAACAUCAACAGCAACGGCAGCGCAGCCAUUCACUGCCCGAAAGAAGUCCGACAGCAGCAGCAGCAACAACGGCAAGUGAGCAGCUGCUAACGACCCAAACAGUUGUGGGUUUGCCCAAAAGCGGCAAGGAUGACGUCAACGUAAUUGGCAUCAGGUGUAACGGCUUUGGCGAAUGUCUGUCGCAGCAAAUGCGCGCCAUCUCGAGUCCCACGCUGACCGCAACAGCCAAGCCCCAGGAUGAGUUGAAACCAACAACAGCAGCAACACCAGUUGAGGUGGUCAGCAACUCAGCAACGCAUAAUGGAGGCAGCAGCUUGGGCGUCUUGCAGAAAUUCAAACGCACAUUGCACAAUCUGAACAAUCGCAAUCAGCUGCAGAUUACGCCGCUGCCAGGAGCUGGAGCUGGAGCUGCUGUCACCACUGUCGAUGUGAAGACAUCGCCCACAACGCCAACGGUGUCAAUCACACCAGCUGCACCGCAAACUGAGGAUAACAGCAAUAAUGUAAACUCUGCCGGCGACAGCAGCUCAGCCAAGUAUCGCUUUGGGCCGCUCAUUUGGCGCUCAUCGAAGGAGCGUCGCAAGACCAAAUUCAAUCGACGCGACAAAUGCAAUUCCGGUGAUUCGGGCAUACAAAUCGAACUCGAACAGGACGAGCAAUAUGCCCGUGUCCUCCAACAACCAGGUGCAGUCCACGCAAGGACGAGCACUCCGAACACAGCGGAGGCAAAGGCGCGAACAAUUCGACGCACUCACUCCGCGAAGGCAAGCAGUCUCCUGGAGCAGGUGGCUGGAAAGCCGCCGGUGCACAAGCAACUCGAUUUGGGCAGCGCCUGCAGCAUUGAACGCGAGGCACCCGAAUCGCUGCCAACGAGAUCGCUCAGCCAACCGAAUGGCCUGGAGACAUAUGGCAUUCGACGCACCGAUGUCGAGGAUAGUGACAGCGAUAGCGUUGCCUCACACGAUGAAGCCAACAGCUACUAUCCCAUUUAUGCGGAAGUGCUGUACAACUUCACGGCGGCUGGACCGCAAGAGUUGGGCCUGGAGCGUGGCACACUCAUCGAGAUAUUACGGAAGGAGGUCGGUCCCUGGUGGUUUGGUCGCAUCAAGAAGGAGGAUGCCAGCCUAGUGGAGGAGAUACUCGAUCCGGAACUGGGCUGGUUCCCCAAGGACUUUGUGCGCAUCAUUCACAGUCCCGAAACCGAUGCGUUCUACAAUCUCCAAAAGCCAACGACGCGUCACGAGGCGGAGGAAGCAACUGAAGCCGUCGAAUGCUGCGAUGUCGUUGUGGAUGACAGUGAGAUGCCAGUUCCAGUUGUGGAUUUGAACAGCAGCAGUGGCAGCAACGAGGAUGAGGCCAACAACACCAUGACCAUGGAUCAGAGCAAUAUAACAACCAUUGUGAUCGAAUCACCGCCCAGCGAUGCGAUGCUCACAACAACAUCAUCAACAGCAACAACACCCUCGGCACGCAUCGCUGUCCCGCUCGACAAUUGCGAUGUUCUGCGUCGCAGUGCUGUGAGGGAGCUGCUCGAAACUGAGGUCAAUUACGUCAAGCUAUUGGCAGCCAUAUGCGAUGGAUACUUGCCGGCGAUGAGCAAACGCAUCGAUAUAUUCUCACCGAACAGCAUUCGCCUGAUCUUCUCCAACAUCACAGCCAUCUACAAGUUUCAGCGUCGAUUCCUCGAGGCGUUGCGCAAGGGCAUCGAACAGAAUCAGCUGUCCAAGGUCUUUCUCAAGAUGCACAAAGGAUUCCUUUGCUACUCCACGUACUGCAAUGCGUAUCCACGUGCACUCAUCGAACUCGAAUCCUACGACCGCAUCAAAGACGCACGCACCAUCUUAGAGAACUGUCGUGAGUCGCAGAACCUUGCGGAGCUGCCGCUCUCGGCGCAUUUGCUGGCGCCCGUGCAGCGCAUCUGUCGCUAUCCGCUGCACCUCAACGAGAUUAUCAAGUCUGCUUUAAGCAACAACGGCGCCAACGAUGAGGUGGAUGGUCAAACUGAGACACUCGACUGCGAGCAGCAUGAUGUGUUCCAACUGGAUGUGCCCGAUACCCACGACAUGGUGAAUCGUGCGCUCGAGAAGAUGCGCGGCAUCACCGAAGCUGUCAACGAAGGCAAACGCCACAGCGAGACAAUAGCUCGGCAUCAGGCCAGUUUUCAGAACUUCAAGGGGCCGCCAUUGCAUCUGCAUAGCACACGCUUCUUUCUGCAAGUGGAUGCCACACGCCAGAAGCAGAAUCUGUGGAACACCAGCUGCACGCUGUUUCUGUUCGACAACCAACUGAUCUAUUGCAAGCGGGACAUCAUCAAGAGGAGUCAUUUCAUCUACAAGGGUCGCAUCUUCCUCGAUCGCUGUCGUGUGGUGAAUGUGCGCGAUGGCAAAAUGUUUGGACACACCAUCAAGAAUUCGCUGCGCAUCUAUUGCGAGUCUCGAGACAAGUGGUAUGACUUCAGUUUCCGUUCGGCGAAUCGCAAGCAUCGCUUUCUCAAUACGCUCGCCCUGGAGCGUAACUUUGGCGGCAAGGCGUUGUACGUCUCGGAGAUGGCUGGCUGCGAAUACAACUACGAUGAGAGACCGGGUGACUACUCCGAUCAAUCCGAUUACGAGCUGCCAGACUGUGAGCAAGCUCAUGGCGGAGGCACGUCUGCAAGUGGCGACAGUUCAGUGCCCGAUUCGCCAGCCAAGUCGCCGUAUCGCUCUUGCGAUACGCUGCCAAAGAAAUCGCAAUCCCGCGAUGGCAUUGCGAAUGCCAAUUCGAAUAGUUCGAAUGGCUCCCAAAUGCUGUCGACCACAUCGACCGGUUCACUCGGACGUCGUCGCAUUGGCAAUUGGUUCCGCAAGCCAAAGAGCACCAAUUGCACACCGAGUCAGUCGCCCACGCACAAGCCGGGCUUCGAUGCCGAUGUCACGCUGACGGCAGCACGUGUGGCAGCCAUCGAAAUGGUGGAAGCCGCUGCCGCACAGCAGCAGCAACAACAGCAGCAGCAAGAGGUGGACUCAUCAUUUGCUUAGUCACAUAAAUACUACACACAUACUAUUUAUACAUAAUUAUAAUUUGAAGGCAACAAGAAAAAUGCAAAAAAUAGAAAUCGCAAUCACAAUUGCAAUUGCAAUAAUCAUACAA